GCGCUCAAUAAUCGCAUUGAAGAAUUUGAUGGCAACGUUUGGUCGGACCUCAAACUACCAGGGGACCAUGCUGAUAACAGAGCGAAUCGGAAAGUGCAUAUAGAUGGAUCCAAUCAGUUUGAGAGGUGGGUACACUCGGCCAAUGUGGGGAAAUAUGCACAGGGUUAA